AUGGUAAACUCAAAACCGGAUGAACUUCGAGAAACGGAGUCGAAAAGAGUUAAAGUGUAUAUCCUGGAGGAAAACGAGUGGAAAGACACUGGAACUGGGUUUUGUGUGGGUAAAGUAAAUGGAGCAGACAAUGACAAGGCCUUAAACGGCAAACACUCCGAUUUUCAUCGGGAUUUAGCCGCUUAUUUGGUCGUCAACGAUGAAGGAAUCCCGGACAAAACGCUCUUACUGUCGAAAUUGGAGGGCAAUAUCGAGUAUCAGCGGCAAGAGGAAACGCUCAUAGUCUGGAAGGACCUUUCUGGUCAGGACAUCGCACUCAGUUUUGAGGAGAGCACUGGCUGUGACGCGUUGUGUGAGUUCAUCAUCCAAAUUCAGAAAACCACAGAAACCAAUAUAUCUUUGGUCGCGGUACGGUCUAAUGAUGACGGCUUAGGGUCGGUGCAUGAAAUCAUCACCGGCCCCGUGAAUCUACCAAGCAACGAAGUCGAUCAGGACGAAAAAGUGCUCAUGGAUUCGCUAAAGAUUCUCAACGAAAAUACUGCCUUCGAAUACCUAAGAUGUGAGACCAUGGAGUUCGUGCUCAAAAACAGCUAUAUUGCCACACUUAUUCAGGUGUUUGAUAAAGCGGAAUCCAAACACGCUCUUCGAAAAUUGCUGCUCCUCAGUAACAUAGUAAAGACUCUCACGUUGUACAACCACAGAGAUAUACUAGAACAAAUGGUCGACGACGACCAUAUUAUGGGUAUCGUCGGAAUCCUAGAGUAUGACACUGAGUUUCCACUAAGUAAAGCCAACCACCGCGAGUAUCUCCUCCAUUCAGGUCCUCAUUUCAAGGAAGUUGUCCCUUUGAAGAGUGAAGAUAUGAAAAGUAUUAUCAAAAAGACGUACAGACUGCAAUUUCUCAAAGACGUGGUGCUAGUUCGAUUUUUGGAUGAUCACAGUUUCAAUUUAAUUUCCGAAGUAAUUCUGGAUCUUCAGAAUUGCAUAAUCGAUUUCAUACAAACAGAACCAUUCCUUUCCAGGCUCAUGGCACUAUUUGCAGAAAAGAAUCGAAUAGAGAAUAAAAGGGAUGGUAUACGGAUGUUACAUCAAUGCGUCUUGAUAACCAAAUAUCUCGAGCAUUCGGAGAAGUCUAAAUUUUUCAAAGCUUUGGUAAGGGCGGGCCUUUUCAGAAUUUUUGAUUAUGCAUUUGGAGUUGAAACGGAUAGUGGAAUAAGGAUUUUAGCUACGGACAUGGUGAUUUGCAUUAUUGAGCACGAUAUUUUAUUGAUCAAUACGGUUCAAAACGAGUUGUUGAAUCAGCACGGAGUGCUGGAUCAAGAACAACAUCUGCCGAAACGGACUUCGGAUACGUCACAGUCUGCACUUUCUUCAGAUGUGUCUCUUUUGUCGAUAUUAUCAAAGAUUCUUUUGACCGACAAAAAUUUGGGGUUGAAAGAGCAGGUUGUACAGGCAUUAAAUACCCUUCUUCAUCCUGAAGGUUGUAUGGGUAUAGAUUCUGAUUAUAACGAUACCGGAAAUAUGGACAUUGUAAUGAAUUUGAGCGACGGGCGUGGAAACGGAAUUACAAACGAAGCACUUAUGGAUAAUGUCAGCUUCCAAAUGACGGAGUAUUUCAAUAAUUUCUACAGCCAAGUUGCACCACUCCUGUUCGCGCCUCUUAUAAACGAUUCGUUUGGCAAUACUGAUGAUGAUAUUUUACUAAUUUACUUGGUGAAAUUAGUGAGUUUUAUUGCAACCGAGCAUAACCGACGGAUAUCGCGGGAGUUUAUCUUGGAAAAUGAUAUCCUCGUAAACAUUUCUAAGCUUAUAGCGCCACGUCAUAUGCUACAACUACGACUAACAGUUGUGAGAUGCUUGAAAGGGAUUGUGUGCCUCAACGAUGAAUAUUACCACAGGUACUUAAUAUCCGAAAAUCUCUACGAGCCUAUAUUCGGGUUAUUGCGUGAAAAUAUUCAUGAAGACAAUUUGGCAAACUCUUGUCUAUUGGAUUUUUUCAGAACGGUUUCCUCACAAUGCCUGCAGGCUCAAGAACUCCAAUCUACAGACAAAAAGAAUUUUAUUAUUCUCAAUAAACACCUGGUAAAGAAAUACAGAGAUGAUCUGAUUGCGAUUGAUUAUGUGCCUUUUACUCAGGAAAUGAUCCGGAUAUAUGAUGAAGUAGAAGGCACCAAUACUUUGACUAAAACUGAAACCCAGAUAACGUUUAAUAGCGAGGGAAAAAGGACGUUCGCGGAGCUGUCGGAGGCCAAAAUCACUUCAAAAGAGAAUAACGGUGAAGAAACAUUGACUUUCAAAAGAGCUAUGGAGAAACUAACUACUGCGCAGCCACCGAAGUCCAUCAAGAAAGAUUUUCUCAGUAAUGAAAGUUAA